UGCAGCACUGGAAAUCAGGCCUAGUUUUGUUCUGACUGUGAAAUCCCCAGGAAGUGGUGAGAAGCAAGAACCAAAGCCCGAACUUUUGAGCUACAGAUAUGAUUAAAAAUUGCUCUCUUGGAUCUUCUGAACUAAAAAAAUGAGGACGAGGAAGCCUCCGUGUCCGAUAGAGAAAGUGUGGGUAGACAAGCACAAAUACGAUGAAGCUGAGAGGCUCCACUAUGAGCGAGAGGCCUUGCUGGCCGCCGCAGCCCCGGAGGAAAACCAGGAGGUGGAGGCUGUGAAUGGAGUCUGCAACGAUGACUCUGCUGAAAGCGAGUGCCCAAAAAGAGGCAGGAAUGGGAAGAAGCAGAAGAAAAGGAAGCGCUCUCCGAAGCCCAAAAAUGUGCUCUCCAAGGUAGACUCUGUUCUCUCGGGCUUGCUUGCUGAUCACGUGUGGUUCGACAAGCCUCUCUAUGACCACGCGGAGAAUGUGUACAGGAAAAACAUAGUGGAUUGGCAGAACCAGGAGGCGCUGGAGACUCAACUCCCUGCUGAGCAGGUUGCUUUAGCGCCCAGCUCUGAAGUUGCCCAAGAUGUUUCGAAGCUGAGGAUGUUCUCAGCGGCCCUGUCCUGCUCCCAUGGUACUCUCUCUGCAUGUCACCAUAUUGUUCAGGGCGUCUGGGUUAACAAACUCGACUUUGAUAAAGCCGAGAAGGCGUUCAUCGAGAAAUCCCAGUUAUUUGCCCCUCCGCACAUCCUGAGCAUCCCAUCCGUGUGGUCCAACGGAGGUGGCGUUGGACUGAGGACGCCGGAUGAAGGUUAUGUUACAGCCUUGCCUACCCCUGCCACGCCAGGCUUAGCUCCGGACGCCGUAGCCCAUCCUAACGCUCCCUUCGUUACCGACGUGCGCGAGACAGUGAACGGCAAGCCACAGAUUUCAAGCUUGCAGGCCCUCAUGUCCGAGGUGUGGCUGGAGAAACCCCUCUACGAUGACGCCGAGAAGAGCUUCUACGAGAACAUGUUUGAUGGGCACCCACCAGGCAAAGCCAGACUGCAGAACCGUGGCGGCCCUGAAGCCUUGAAGAGGGAGCACGAGGACGGGAAGACUCAGAGCCCUGGGAGGCAAAUGGACAUCAAGCGUGAGGAGAUCACCUGCUCUCUGCUUCCCAAUGCUGCUGCUCCCCCUCCAUCCACUUACUACUUCCUACACGAGGACAGUGAACCAGUGUGGCUUAACAAGUUGACAUACGACAGUGCUGAGGCUCGAUACUAUUCUUUGGAAGCUCAGAAAAUGUCCAAAACGGGAGAGGACACAAGGGUGCUGGAAUCUACAGUAGCAAAACCUCUACCAGCUUCUCGUGCUUCAAGCGUACCUGCUCCAGAAACUAAAAAAAUGGCAGUCGACUUCUCACACGAGAAGAUCUGGUUUGACAAAUACAAGUAUGAUGAUGCUGAGAGAAGAUACUACGAGCAGAUGAACGGGCCGGUUAGCAGUUCUUCACAGCAACAGAGCGCGAGCACAACCUCUUCUGGGCCUUCUGGUGAUCAAAAUGAACUCGUUUCCCGAAUUUCUCACCUGGAGGUAGAAAAUCAAAACCUUCGCAGUGUUGUUGCAGAUCUUCAGCUGGCCAUCUCCAAGUUGGAAAGCCGCCUGAAUGUGCUGGAAAAAUCAUCUACCUCCCAUCAGCCUGCAUCGAUUCCACCAACCCAGAAAGUGGAACCAUUCAGUGUUCCCUCCAAGAAAGUGGCUCUCCCAUCUGCAUCAAUUGCAAAGAAAGUUGAGUCAACCGCUGCAGAGGAUGACGAGGAUGACGACAUUGACCUUUUCGGUAGCGAUGACGAAGAGGAAGACCAAGAGGCUGCCAAAGUCCGGGAGGAGAGACUGCGCCAGUACGCAGAGAAGAAGGCCAAGAAGCCAGGUCUAAUUGCCAAGUCUUCUAUCCUUCUGGAUGUUAAACCGUGGGAUGAUGAGACUGACAUGGCAAAGAUGGAGGAGUGCGUCCGAUCCAUCCACAUGGAUGGGCUUGUGUGGGGCGCCUCCAAGCUGGUCCCAGUAGGCUAUGGCAUCAAGAAGCUCCAGAUCCAGUGCGUAGUGGAGGAUGACAAAGUUGGGACAGACAUCCUGGAGGAGGAGAUCACCAAGUUUGAAGACUAUGUGCAGAGCGUUGACAUUGCUGCUUUCAACAAGAUCUAGAAGCAACUUAUAACCUCCGUGGGAGUGUAAUAAAUGUCAAGAUUGGGAGUGCA